AUGGAAGCCAAUCGGAGUCGUCUGCUGGCCGCAGCGCGUCCUUACAUUCAGAUUUAUUCCAUUUUCGGACUCACGCCGCCAAUUCAGUUUUUUACCAGGACCUUACAUAAGCGACGUAGAGGAAUUGUGAUAUUGGGCUACGCCUGCUAUUUAAUUAGCAUUUCCCUGAUGGUCAUCUAUGAGUGCUACGCGAACAUUGUGGCUCUGCAAAAGGAUAUACAUAAGUUUCACGCCGAGGACUCUAGCAAAGUUAUGGGGAAUACGCAGAAGGUCCUGGUGGUAGCCAUGUUCGUUUGGAAUCAAUUGAACAUUCUGCUUAACUUUCGGCGCCUUGCUAGGAUUUAUGAUGAUAUUGCGGAUCUGGAAAUAGAUUUGAAUAACGCCUCUAGCGGUUUUGUUGGCCAACGGCACUGGUGGCGCUUCCGUUUCCGGUUGGCCCUCUCUGUGGGCCUGUGGAUAGUGUUGCUGGUGGGUCUCACGCCACGAUUCACCCUCGUGGCACUCGGACCCUACCUCCACUGGACAAAUAAAGUGCUCACCGAAAUCAUUCUGAUAAUGCUACAACUUAAGUGUACAGAGUAUUGUGUGUUUGUGCUCCUGAUCUAUGAACUGAUCCUCCGAGGGCGCCACAUCCUUCAGCAGAUCAGUGUGGAGCUCGAGGGUAACCAGUCAAGGGACAGUGUUCAGGAGCUGUGUGUGGCCUUGAAACGCAAUCAGUUGCUGGCUGGACGCAUUUGGGGCUUGGUGAAUGAGGUCAGCUUGUAUUUUACCCUAUCCUUGACGCUUUUGUUUCUCUACAAUGAACUGACCAUUCUGCAAAUUGUCAAUUGGGCUCUCAUUAAAUCCGUCAAUCCAAACGAAUGCUGUCAAUAUAGGCGCGUUGGUACUUGCCUCUUGCUGUCAAUCAAUAUUUUUCUAUCCUGUUUAUACAGCGAGUUCUGCAUUCAAACAUAUAAUAGCAUUUCACGAGUUCUUCACCAAAUGUAUUGCCUUUCUGCAGCCGAAGAUUAUCUAAUAUUAAAAAUGGGCCUGAGGGAAUACUCGCUGCAAAUGGAGCAUUUAAAGCUGAUUUUCACAUGCGGUGGCCUCUUUGACAUCAAUCUUAAGUUCUUCGGAGGGAUGGUAGUCACCUUAUUCGGUUAUAUCAUUAUUCUCGUGCAAUUUAAAAUUCAAUUUUUUGCUCAAUCAAAUUUUAUGCAAAAUAUUAACAGCACCGAACUGAAAGCAUAUACCGCGUAA